CCAUAAAAUAAAUUUCCGUCAAACUGAGCAUAUGAGAAGUCAGAAUAUUGUAUCUAUUGUCCUAGUGAGUCACGAUAGAAAAUAUGACAUCAAACAAGAAAUUCACUGAAUGUCAAAAAUAGAUUCAUGAUGAACACUCAUUCUUUGCACGAACCAACCACAAUUGCCGUCAAAGAAAUGUCGGGGGAUGGAGACGGCAUUAAACAAAUCAAUGGAAUACGAAACCCUAUACCAUCUUCUAGGAAAUUUACACCUAUUCCAAAGAACACCAAAGACAUGAAAGCGAAGCUCGAAAUGGCCCUCAAGGAGACGAAGACGUCGCAUAAAAAGCAGGGUUUACGAACGACGGCAAGAAUAGAAUGUUCCUCGGUGGACAAACCAGUCAGAAUAACGAAUAAGAAAUAUUUGAAGUCGGCCGCACCAGAAGAUAAAAUAAAAAUUUAUUGUUCACCUAGAAAGUCUAUACCUGAAGCCAAAUUCCCUCAAGAUGCAGGACGUUUAAUUUUCAAAUAUUUACUACUCAACUCGUGGAGAAAAUGUAGAUCACGAUAUAAUGAUCUCAAGUCGUCUAUCUUGUUCAAAGAAAAUAAAAUAAAGCAUCUUAAUAUGCAGGUAGAAGUCCUCAAGAACCUCAGAAAAUCAGAAAGCCAACGUAGGGAAGAAAUUUUCAUUAAAUACCACGAAAUAAAAAGAGAAUACGAUAACAUUAUUCAACAAAAUUCAGAUUUGAGAAAUCACGUUGAAUGUUUGGAAAAAGAUAAAAUCUGUUUUAUAUCCGAAUUAGAACGCCUUAAUGAAAGAACGUCAUGUUAUAAGCAGGAGAUUGAAGAGAAAACUAAUCUUUUGAAUGCACAUCAGAUAAAAAUACAAAGGGAAAAAGAGAAGGUGAAAAAAAUUAUUGCUGAAAGGAAGCAAACUCAAGAACAAUAUAACAAACUAGAAAGUGUUAUAAAUAUACAAAGAGAAAACUUACAAAAUCUCAAAUCAUGUGUGGAUACUCUACAAAAGUCCAACCUAAACCUGAACUGUAAACUGGAAACUCAUCAAGAAGCAUGCAAGAUUCAUUCAGAAGAACUCCGUACACUUACUUCAGAAAAUGCUGAGAACAAAUCUAAGAUCACCACCUACGAGACUGAAAAAGAAGAAAUGUCGAGAGAUCUAUCUUCUUUACGAAAGCAACUGAAAAUUGCAUUGAAUAAUUGCGAUGAUUUUAAGAACGCGAAUGAAUCCAUACAGUUGGAGAUGUUAGAGAUGUCCCGAAAAUUACAGGCAGAAAGAUAUUUUCUGUGGAAUUUGAUGAGUAAAGGUGUAAAUACAACAUACACUGUGAUGAAAUAUUUAGCAGAAAAGAUUGUACCAGCUGUACAAACUCAUUUUACUUACUGAUAAGUGUAUUAUACCUUUUUUAUUUUUCUUGAUAUUAAAUGUUUUAAGCAAU